AGCGAACCAUCCGAACGCGACGCUCUUUUCGAAAUUCCAACAGUAUUAAAUUAAUAUUGUAUGAAAGGCACUGUGUUACUGUGUAUACGUUAAUUUUACACGAUAUUGUACUGUUGUGUUGUGAGAUUGUUGACUGAAAUGGACUUUUUUAUACACCUCCGGCAGUGAAUGUAUGAUUUCGGCCAGUGAAAUCUGUAGCGAUCCGACUAGAGCAACAUAACAAUGGACACCAGAGCAGAUGACGAUGAGCCCCCACCAGACCCCGCAGCGCGCAAACACAAUCAUCAUGAUUACACAGAACAAGACUUUGAAGGUCACCGGGCGCACACCGUGUUCGUUGGAGUUCACGUGCCGACUCGCCGGCACUCGCAUCGCAAACAUAAACAUCAUCAUCGCACUGAGAAGGAUGCAGAGAAACCUAGCACUACGAUAAUGGCACGCGUUAGAAGGCUGAGUGUGACGGAUGAUGGAGAAACACUGACACCGCCAGCACAAAGAGUGCAGUUUAUACUAGGUGAAGAUGUCGAUGACUCCACAAUGGAGUCCCAUCCACUGUUUUCUGAAAUGGAGGAACUUGUAAAAGACGGUGAUGAACUUGAAUGGAAAGAAACAGCACGAUGGAUUAAGUUCGAAGAGGACGUCGAAGAAGGUGGCAACAGAUGGUCUAAACCACACGUAGCUACUCUGUCUUUACACUCACUGUUCGAGCUGCGAAGUCUCAUUUUAAAUGGUUCGGUUAUAUUGGACAUGGAAGCAAAUUCACUAGAACAAGUAGCAGAACAUGUUUUAGACAAUAUAGUGAUGGAUGGAUUUCUAGGCUACGAUAAUAGAGAAAAAGUUAGGGAUGCACUUUUAAGACGACACAGGCAUCAACACGAAAAACGAAAUCAUCAUCAUAAUAAUAUGUCAAGGUUGCCGUUGAUUCGAUCUUUAGCUGAUAUUGGAAGGAACCAUUCUUCGUGUAAAAGUUUACAGGAAAGGGAUGUCAGAAGCGCUAGCUCAAAAAGCUGUCGAGGACCUUCCUCGUCGCCAAACACUGCUCUUCUUCAUGCGAGCGACACACGAGGUUGCUAUCUAGCUGUCCCAGUGGAAGAGGGCAGUACAACCAGUGGACAAUCUCACAAAGGAGAUAUUGGUCGUUUCCUAGGCAUCCCUCUUGCGGGUGCACCACAUGAUGAAGGUAUGAUUAAAAGUCCGAGCAGUGCAUCUAUGCAACAUAAUCAUGAUGUAACAAUGAAUGGCGAUGUAAAUCAUAAAAGUAAUACUCACUUCAUGCGCAAAAUCCCUCCGGGAGCUGAGGCUUCCAAUAUAUUAGUUGGCGAAGUUGAUUUCCUGGAAAAAACUUUAUCAGCGUUUGUUCGAUUGAAAACGGGAACAAUUAUGGGAGAUUUAACGGAAGUGCCAGUACCAACACGAUUUAUGUUUGUAUUGCUAGGUCCACCCAACAGUAAUUCUAGUUUUCACGAAAUCGGUAGAGCAAUGGCUACUUUAAUGUCGGAUGAGAUCUUUCAUGAAGUGGCAUAUCGAGCAAAAAGACGUGACCAUUUACUAGCAGGAAUUGAUGAAUUUUUAGACGCCGUUACAGUUCUCCCACCUGGCGAGUGGGAUCCUGCUAUUCGAAUUGAACCUCCUGCAGCGAUUCCAUCUCAAGAUCCUCGUAAGCGGCCAAACGAUAACAAUAUAAAAGAAGAACCUGACGAAGAAGAAGAAGAACAGCGUCAACGAGAAGAAUCAGGUUUAGCCCGAAGCGGAAAAUUAUUUGGAGGCUUAAUAAACGAUUUAAAAAGAAAAAUACCAUGGUACUGGUCGGACUUUAAAGAUGCUCUAGCAUUACAGUGCAUAGCGUCUUGGAUAUUUUUGUAUUUCGCUUGCUUAUCACCUAUUAUAACUUUUGGAGGGCUUCUAGGCGAAGCGACUGGCAAGAACAUGGCGGCGAUGGAAUCCUUAGUUUCCGGAUUUGUAUGUGGAAUGGGUUAUGGCUUUUUUUCAGGACAACCAUUGACAAUUUUAGGAUCGACGGGGCCUGUUUUGGUAUUUGAAACAAUCGUAUUUGAAUUUUGUAAACAAGUCGGUUGGAACUAUAUGUCGUUUAGAUUUUGUAUUGGUACUUGGACAACUGUUAUUUUAAUUACGCUUGUAGCAAUUGAUGCUAGUGCAUUGGUUUGCUACAUUACUAGAUUUACUGAGGAAAAUUUCGCCACAUUAAUUGCGUUUAUAUUUAUUUACAAGGCCGUUGAGAACGUUAUUUCUAUCGGGAAAAAGUACCCUCUAAAGACACGCCCUGAUGAAAUUCUCAAUUAUGAAUGUUAUUGUUUACCAAGCAAUUACUCAAGAGUGUCUGAACAAUUUAAUUGGACGUCCGUCGAUAAAGAGUCCUGUAAAUUUUAUAAUGGAACUCUUGCCGGCGGGGGAUGUGAUACCAAAGUAUAUGUUCCAGAUGUAUUUUUGAUGUCCAUCAUAUUAUUCCUCGGAACUUUUGCAAUUUCUAUAAUUUUGAAAGACUUUAAGAACUCUCUAUUCUUCCCAUCCAAGGUUCGACAGAUUAUAAGCGACUUUUCGGUAAUCAUAGCUAUUCUAUCAAUGUCCUUCCUAGAUUAUAAAGUUGGUGUAAAAACACCGAAACUGGAAGUUCCAUCUGAAUUUAAACCAACAUUGCCAUCAAGGCAAUGGGUGAUCACUCCUUUUAAUGGUAAUCCUAUAUGGUCCGCUCUAGUCGCUAUCUUACCAGCGCUAUUGGGAACAAUUCUGAUAUUUAUGGAUCAACAGAUCACUGCAGUUAUCGUCAACCGUAAAGAAAAUAAGUUAAAGAAAGGCUGUGGAUACCAUCUAGAUCUAUUUGUAUUGGCUAUUUUAAUACAAAUAUGUUCGAUCAUGGGAUUGCCCUGGUUUGUGGCAGCAACUGUACUCAGUAUUAACCACGUAAAUUCUUUGAAAGUCGAAUCAGAAUGUGCAGCUCCAGGUGAAAAACCACAAUUCUUAGGAGUAAGAGAACAAAGAGUUACACACAUAUUGAUAUUUUUAACAAUCGGCUGUUCGGUUGUGCUCACACCAGUAUUACGACACAUACCUAUGCCAGUUCUGUUCGGAGUCUUUCUUUACAUGGGUGUAGCUUCCCUUAAAGGUCUUCAGUUCUUCGAUAGGAUAUUGAUCAUGUUCAUGCCACAGAAAUACCAGCCUGAUCACAUGUUUCUUCGACAGGUACCGAUCCGCCGCGUACAUAUAUUCACAGCUAUACAGCUGACUUGCCUAAUCUGCCUCUGGGUGAUAAAAUCCUUCUCCUCAACAUCAAUCUUGUUUCCGCUUAUGUUAGUUGUGAUGAUUGGUAUUAGAAAGGCGUUGGACUUAUUCUUCACAAGAAGAGAACUGAAAAUUCUAGAUGACGUCAUGCCUGAAAUGACGAAAAGGAAUCAAGACGAGCUUCGGGAGCUUGGUGACGGAGAGGAUAACACCAAGAGCAAUCCACCCGAAUAUCAAGAGAAUUUACAAAUCCCAUUAAUAAAUGGGAACAUAAUGAAUAUACCCUUGGCAUCUAUCAACAUUUCUGAAGAAAUGAAUAAAACUGGAAUCUGGAAACAAGUAAAUAACAGUAAUUUGAGCAAAGGAUGCGAUGAAGGGAGAAAUUCAAAACCUAAAUCUGGGAAAAAGUCCACCAAACACAAGAAGCUAAUGUCAAAGAACAUCCAAUCAGAGGUCGAGAGGCGUCUCUCCACGAUGGACGAAGUUGAGGAAGAUGACUCUAUGAAGAGCGAACUUCUGAAGCGGAAGGAUUCAUGGAGUUUGAGUGGCAAAAACGAAUGCAAGAAAAAUAACGUGUCUGCUGAGACAUCGGUCUAAAUAGCUAGUUAUUUUUAUAAGAACGGCAAUAAACACUAAUUUCGUGUGAGAUUAUCUGCGUAGCCCAAGAUUCUAUAACUCUUUAUUUUAUUAAUGAAUUUUCGUUAUUCAAUAUAGUAGUCAUUUUAAUCUUUACAAAUUGUACCUAAUUAAUGUAAUAAUACUCUCCAAUGUCCAGAACUAAAAUGGUCCCAUAUUCAAAUUCUUCUUUAAAUAUGAUAAUGUAUACAAUGGUUUGGAUUUAAUGUGUUUAUACCUUACGCAUUCUUUAAGAUUUGUACUAUACUUGUAGGUUUUUAAGAUUUUUAAAUAUACAUAAAUGUGUACCUAUUCAUUUUAAGAUACGUUUUUACACCCCUUCUGAAUUCAUAUUAGUCACAUUACUAUCUUCAUUUAAUAACCUAAUGUAAUUUGUUAUUUGAUAAAUAGAUCUAGAUUAAAUUAAACCAUUUUUGUGUCACUAUUCACGAAGAUUACUUAAUUAAUUAAUUGUUAAAUUAUUUUAGAACUAGACUAAGAAUUGAAACAUUGGCACAAACUGUGUAAGCAAUUACUAAAAUAGGCAAUUAAUGGUAGUUAAUGUUAACAUUGAUGUCGUGUACCUUUCCUCGAUGUUUGAGCCAAUUACCAUGAUUUCUUCAUUGCUAGUUAAUUAUAUCAAGUAGUUUUACAUUUAUUUCAACCCAAACGGGUAAUAGCUAUUCCUAGAAAUAACCACUAGUUUAUGUAGGCAUGUAAGCAAGUGCCAAUAGAAAAAACACCAUUAGUAUUUAUUUAAUUAUAAUUUACAAUCUAAAUGUACUAGAUAUUGUCUCGUGUAUUCACGUUUUAGCAUAAGUAGUUAUUGGGAAUAUAAAGAUCGAGUAACAAACAUGGCAAGAAAUACAUAGGUCUAGGAAAAUUUAUCCAGACUAAAGGUUUACCUAAAUAUGAUAUAGAUUUAAGGUGAAAUUGCUAUUUUCAGCAUGAAAGGAAACACCAUUUAGUAAUGUUUUGUACGUUUGCAAGAAAAAAUUAAAAGAUUUAUGUAAUUUCUAUUUUUGAGUUCAUCUUCUGUAAAAAGCCUCAAUGGCUUUAGAAUAUUUGUAUUCAUCCACGUUGUUUGCCUUUUCUUUGCAGUCUUGAGUCUAAGUGAAUUUAAAUAUCCUGUAUUUAGUACUUCAUUAUAAAAUCAGACACGACAGAGAAAAAAAAUGAUAUAAACAAAUAGACAGGUAUUUUUAUCAGUUAUUUGAUAUCUAAAACCAUUACUGGACAUAUUUAUCAUUAUAAACAUUAAAUGUCAUUUAAUUAAUGCUUCCUUGUAAAAGUGUUGUAUUUGCAUUUGUGUCCUGUUUACAUUUAAGCAUCAUUGUACCUGGUUGAAUGUGUUUGUUACGCGUUUAUUUUUUUGAUCUUGAGUGUUGAGAAUAAAUGUUUUUAUAAAUGUA